CCCAUCCCGCAAUUCAUCUCCCCUCUACUCGCCAUGUCUGCAGCUCGUGCCUUUAGCACCGCUUUCCGGGUUGGUGCGCCCCGCGCCCCAAUUGCCGCCCGCUACGCUGCCACUCGAAGCUAUGCCGCCGCUGCCUCUUCUCCCAAGCCCCCGGUUGCCCUCUUCGGUGUUGACGGAACCUAUGCAAGCGCCCUGUACACCGCGGCCGCAAAGACCAACGCCCUCGAGCCCACGGCCAAGUCUCUCUCAGCCCUGCAGGGCGUCUUCCAGAAGGAUGCCAAGCUCACCCAGAUCCUCCACGCCCCUUCGCUCACCGUCGCCGACAAGCAGCAGAUUGUCCAGGAGCUCCAGAAGCACAUUGGCAGCGCCGACAAGGACGGCAUUGUCAAGAACCUCCUGACCACUCUGGCCGAGAACAACCGAUUGGGCAUGCUACAAGGUGUUGCUGAGAAGUUUGGUGUGCUCAUGGGCGCGCACCGUGGUGAGGUUGAGCUUACCGUUACCAGCGCUACGCCUCUCGACAACAAGACAAUCAGCCGCCUCGAGACGGCCAUCAAGAACUCACAAUACGUCACCACCGGCCAGACGCUCAAGGUUGUUCCCAAGGUCAACCCCGAAAUCCGUGGUGGACUCAUUGUCGAGAUUGCCGACCGCACCAUUGACUUAUCCGUCGCCAGCAAGAUGGCCAAGAUGAACAAGCUCCUCACAGACUCUUUGUAAAAAAAAUAUACAGAGCUAAAGUGCGCGCGCGCAUGGAUAUCAGGCGUGGACAUGUGUAUUCUAGAUGAACUCCUUUGAAAAAAGAGAGACAGAGAGAAACAAAGAGAGAGAUGAAUUUAUUUACCCGUCUACCCACCUCGGAUGCCAUGAGUUGAGAAUUAACCAGCAUGUCUGAUUUGAUUUGAAUUGAUAU